AAGACAAAGAGACGAUUUAUGUCUCACGUUCCUUUCGGAAGUGGCGUUUCCGUGUGAGUGAGGAAUCCACAAUGAAAAUUCGUGCGUGAAGUAAGAAGAGAGAAUAUUACAUGCGUCCAUUAUAACCUGACGCAUUCUACUUUGUAAAUGAUCGUUUCUGAUAGUGCUCUGCCCUAUACUUCUACCAGGUGUAAACAAAUAACUUAACGUAUUGAAGCAGGGUGUAUACACACGAGAUGGCUGCAAAGCUUAUGGAUUCAGCGCGCCUUAAGUUCAAAUCUGAUUUGAGCAAAAGCCUAGCGAGCCUUCUGGAGUGUCCUGUCUGCUUCAACUUCAUGGCCCCCCCGAUCACCCAGUGUUUGAACGGACACAACAUCUGCUCUAGCUGCAGGCCUCGACUCGCUCUCUGUCCCACAUGCAGGCAGUCCCUGACGAUCACAUCCAGGAACGUGGCGCUAGAGAACAUAGCCGAAACAAUUGUAGACAGUCACAGCAACAAGCAGUUGAGUGUGUCAUUACCACAACACAGGUUGUACGAAUGUCUGACAGGGAAGUCUAUGGGUUGCACGUGGAAGGGCCGACAAUCGGAUCUGUGGUCUCAUGUUCUGCUUAAGCAUCAUCGUUCGGCUAUGCACUGGAAGAGAGAGAUACGAUUGUUUCGGGUUUCGAACCACGACUUCAGCGUUAAUGGUACCAGCACACUACUUAUUUCAGUUUUUGACCAACUCUUCUGGUAUCAACUCCGACAGGACUCGAGUAAGAACAGAUGGUGUCAAGCUAUACAAUACAUUGGUUCAAAGAAGCAAGCUGUGACAUACAAGUACACUUUAGAAUUUGGUCCAGUGCCCGAUGACUCUCUGAAGAGGACCAUAGUAUACAGCAGGGCGACGCAUCCCGAAGAGGAACACAUCGACAACAUCUUUAAAUCAUCAGACUGUUUCUGCACCGAUCUGAACAGCAUUAAAUAUUUCGUUGCGAGAAAUAAUUCCCUGCAGUUCAAAGUGAAAAUAGAAAGAAUGUAAAUAAAUAGGCAUAUCACAAUUUGUGAGCUAGUUACACUCUUGGAAAAUUAUUUGUAAAUCGAACACUGUUUCCCAGAAAAUCAAACUUAAAUUGCAGUUACAUGCCUAAGAAAAUAUACUUGAGUGAAAACCUCAUUUUAUUCUCUGUUUUUUAUUUAAAAGUAUACCGUUUAAGUAGCAUAAAUGCAAGAAAUCAACUUAAUAUGAAAUUAAAUACUGAGUCAAGUCUAAAAUAUUAACUACCGUAUUUACGCAUGUAUAGGCCGCAGCACAA